AGCUCAGCGAGUCCAAGAAGCUACAUGGCGACCCAAGCAAACUCAGUCCCGCAUCCAACGCUCAUUCAAGUUGACCCCUUUGUACCUGCAGACCAACAGAAGGUAAGAUUCUCUACUACCGCUGUUGUCACUGUUGCUGACAAGAACUCGACGCAGGGCUUGCAUAAUCGUUGGCACCCAGACAUCCCAGCCUUCGCUACAGUGAAACCGGGCGAGGUCUUCAAGAUCGAGUGUGUUGACUGGACCGGAGCGCAGAUAGGAAACAACGAUACCAGCGACGACGUGAAAAAUGUCGACCUGAGCAAAGUGCAUAACCUCUCGGGACCCAUUGCCGUUGAAGGCGCAGAACCAGGCGACUGCCUUGUGGUGGAUAUCCUGGAUGUUACACCGUUUGAGAAGAUGCCUUGGGGAUAUACGGGAAUUUUUGAACUGACUAACGGAGGUGGCUUAUUUGCCCAGGAAUUCAACAGCAAAGCGUGCAAGGCCAUCUGGGACUUCCAUGGAAUUUAUGCGAGCUCGCGGCAUAUUCCCGGGGUCCGUUUUGCGGGGGUGUCGCAUCCAGGCCUCAUUGGAACCGCUCCUUCUGCUGAAUUGCUUGCAAAGUGGAACGAACGAGAAGGCGCAUUGAUCGCAGAGCACCCAAAUGCCGUUCCUGCCGUCGCAUUUGCACCGAACCCAGUCGGAGCAUAUGUUGGCCAAGACGGGCUUGAUGAAGGAAUAAGACAGAAGAUCGCAGAGGAAGGCGCAAGGACAAUUCCCGGCCGGGAACACGGAGGAAACUGCGAUAUUAAGAAUCUCUCAAGAGGCUCGCGAUGUUACUUCCCCGUAUUCAUCCCUGGCGCUAACCUUUCCGUUGGCGAUCUGCAUUUCUCACAAGGCGAUGGGGAGCUUUCCUUCUGUGGUGCGAUUGAGAUGGCAGGAAUAAUCACCUUCAAAUGCGGAAUCAUCAAAGGCGGCGUCGAGAAGUUUGCACUGAAGCAGCCUAUAUUCCUUCCAUCACCCAUCGACCCUCUCUACUCGCAGAAGGUUAUCUUUGAGGGCAUUAGUGUCGACUAUCAUGGAGACGGAAAGCAGUACAACAUGGAUGCGACAGUCGCAUAUAAGCAGGCGGCUCUCAAUGCAAUUGCAUAUCUCAUGAAGGUCGGAUAUACCCGCGAACAAGCAUAUCUUCUGCUAUCCGCUGCACCCGUCGAAAGCCAUGUCGGCGCUCUCGUCGACUCUCCCAAUGCAUGCGUCACGCUUGCUAUUCCAACGGGCAUCUUCGAACACGACAUCCUGCCUAAACCAGAAGGGCUCACCAAACAGAGAUGCACUUCAGGACUUCGGGCAAUGCGCUAUUAG